AUGUCAAGGUCAACAAUAUCAUCCAUAUGUCUACGAUGCCGCCUACAAUCCACCAGACGAAACCCGCGGCGGCUCUAUCAUGCAUCCACGCAGCUCCAGGCUGAAGCAUCGCGACCGUCCGUGGCCCCGAAGGUCUCAAUCGAUAUAAAGCACAUCCGACAAAAUGCAGCUCUCUACGAACAAAACUGCCUCGAGCGCAACUACAAGACUCAAGCCACAUAUCCCGCUAGAAUAAACAGUAUAUUCGAAGAAUGGCACACGUAUCAACGGGAAGCUCGAAGUCUACGAGAGCGGAACAACCGUGUGAAGCUCCAAAUAGCGAAUCCACCCACGGAUCGAGAUAGUGAUUCCGCGGAAGCUCAAGAGCUGAAGGACAUGACACGGGAGCAGCUGCUAGAAGAGGCGCGGGUAUUGAAGGACAAGAUUUCUGUCAUACAGGAAAAAGAAUCUGCGAUCACAACUGAGAUCGACUCGCUAGCAGCGGCAAUCCCAAACCUCACAAGCAAUGAAACACCGCGCGGGUCAGAACCACGGCUCAUUUCCUACAUCAACACGCACCCUGAAUCAGAUCCCUCCGCCUCCUCACGGGUCUGGCGCUCUCAUGUGCAUAUUGGCCAGGAACUGCAACUCUUGGAUCUCGCCAGUGCAGCAACGACUACCGGAUGGGGCUGGUAUUAUCUGCUGAACGAGGCUGCCCAGAUGGAGCAGGCAUUGAUACAAUUUGCUCUAUCAGUGGCACGUAAACAUGGUUGGGGACACGUAUCACCGCCGAGCAUGGUAUAUAGCCAUAUUGCCUCAGCGUGCGGUUUCCAGCCCCGCGAUCAAAACGGCGAGCAGCAAGUUUACAGCAUCCAGCAAAACGCCCGAGACGUAGGCCUCAAGCCCGAACUCAGCCUUUCGGGCACGGCCGAAAUCCCUCUCGCGGGAAUGAAGGCGAACACCACUCUUGAAGAAGCUGAGCUGCCGUUAAAGCGCUUCGGCGUCUCACGGUGCUAUCGUGCGGAGGCUGGAGCUAGGGGCGCCGAUACGAAAGGUCUAUAUCGCGUCCACGAAUUCACAAAAGUCGAAAUGUUUGCCUGGACAUUGCCAUCAAUCGAGGCAUCAACCGCUGUUUUCGACGAAAUGGUUAUAAUACAAAAAGAAAUCCUCCAUUCCUUAGGUUUGCAUUGCCGGAUACUGGAGAUGCCAACCACGGAUUUAGGCGCUUCCGCAACGCGGAAACUGGAUAUUGAAGCAUACUUCCCAUCGAGGAGGCAGAAAGAUGAUGGGUAUGGUGAGGUUACGAGUGUAAGCAUGUGUACGGAUUAUCAGAGCCGGAGAUUGGCUACGAGGGUGGAUGUAAGAUCAUUGGGCGGUAAGCUGGCCUUCCCAUAUACCGUGAAUGGGACGGCCUUGGCGGUGCCGCGGGUACUGGCUGCUAUUUUGGAAAAUGGAUGGGAUGAGGAGAAGUGCGAGGUUAAGAUUCCGGAGUGUUUGUGGCCAUGGAUGGAUGGACUCAAGAUAAUUACGCCGAAGGAGAGACUGCAUUAA